AUGUCAGAUCUACGUUUACUCACCUGCGGCGAGACCAAUUCAGAUUCCAAAGAGACCAAAAUAAGAAUGCAUGGGGCAAAACUAAUAGAAAUGAUAGAACAGAGUUACCCAACCUCUUCUUUCACUCUUCAUGGACGUGCCUGGGGGCAAGCAGAGGAAGGGGCAAACACCAAGUCCACCCAGUACCAAGGCACCACAGAAGUCUACUUCAGGAUGCCUCAUCUGAGAGAAUUCAGUAACAUUGACAAGAGAUACUUUACUUCUAAUCAGGGGCUCGAUAAUGGUGAAGGCAGGGUUAUCAACAGGUUGUUGACCUUACUGGUGCAAGCCUCUGGUGGAAAUGGGGGAACGCCGUUCACGUACGUAAGGCUGGACGAUGGCGCCAUAAUGACCAAGCUAAAAGCCUGGAAAGACGAUUGGCGUAUCCGUGGAGUGGAGAUGUGGAUGAGCGAUGGGAAGUCUCACCUUGUUGGAAAGCGAUCUGGAUCUUCCAGCGAAUUCCGCUUGAACACCGGCGAGAAGCUGACCAAGCUUAACAUCCAGGCCAGCGGAGAGACCAGCUCAGGCGGGAAUCAUCGUCUCGGUGCCAUCUGGUUGCAGACGGACAAAGGGCGCGACUGGGGAAUCUUCUCUCGCUGGUUGGAUGAGGACGGCCGUUACUGGCCAGACGUGGGCUCCGGCAUCGUCUGCGGAAUGUUUGGCGCCGGGGGCGAGGACGUCGACUGUCUGGGGUUUGCCAUAUUGCAUCCAAUUAAGCAGGCACGCCUUGUGGACGUGACUUACCCGAAUCUGGACAUGGAGAUUGUCGCUACGGUCCCAGACACCGUUGUCCACCAGAGGAUCACAAAUGAAUCGUCCGUAGAACAGACCUACACCGUGAAGGGUACCCGAUCCGUCACCAUUACGCGACAGUGGAGCAUUACCACCGGUUUGGAGUACUCUUUGCAGACAACGGUCUCCGCAGGUAUCCCAGAGGUUGCAGACGUAGAGGCCAGCUCAACCUGGAAGGUCACCGCGAGUGCCUUAUACGGGAGGUCCACUACAAACACCGAAGAGCGCACGUGGGAAUGGCCGAUCAAGUGCCCUCCAAACCGGAAGCUGUAUGCCACAGGUACCAUGUACGCCGACUCCAUAGACACGGAGUACAAGGCCAACAUGCAGAUCGACCUUGCGAACGGCAACAGCUACAAGUACAGCGUGGAGGGGAUCUAUGACGGCAUGAAUGCUCGCAGUGGGUCAGUUAAGAUUGAUGACCUGGGCCCAUGCAAUUAA